UCGGUUGAUAGAGUGGGCGGGGCAGCUUGUUGUUUUCCUGCUCUACCUGACAGGUGAACUCCACUCCUACGGCUCAUCCUCACGGCUCAGUCCGCCCUGUGUGCUCCUCUUCCCGGCUCAUUGUGUGGAAACAUGGCGCCGCCGCUCACCGACAAGGAGAAGCGGAAGCAGAUCAGUGUCCGGGGCAUCGCCGGUGUCGCGGACGUGGCGGAGAUCAAACGGGAUUUUAACCGACACCUCCACUUCACCCUGGUUAAGGACCGGAACGUAGCGACGCCCCGGGACUACUACUUCGCCCUGGCCCACACCGUCCGGGACCACCUGGUGGGCCGCUGGAUCCGCACCCAGCAGUACUACUAUGAGAAGGACCCCAAGAGGGUGUACUAUCUGUCUCUGGAGUUCUACAUGGGCAGAACGCUGCAGAACACCAUGAUCAACCUGGGACUGCAGAACGCCUGUGACGAGGCCAUCUACCAGUUGGGUUUGGACAUCGAGGAGUUGGAGGAAAUUGAGGAGGAUGCUGGUCUGGGAAACGGAGGACUGGGACGACUGGCAGCUUGUUUCCUGGAUUCCAUGGCGACGCUUGGCCUGGCAGCGUACGGAUAUGGUAUUCGUUACGAGUUCGGCAUUUUCAACCAGAAGAUUAGCAACGGAUGGCAGGUGGAGGAGGCAGAUGAUUGGCUGAGGUACGGGAACCCCUGGGAGAAGGCGCGGCCUGAGUACAUGCUGCCGGUUCAUUUCUACGGCCGGGUGGAGAAAACGGAGGGCGGAGUGAAGUGGGUGGACACUCAGGUGGUGCUGGCGAUGCCCUAUGACACUCCAGUUCCUGGUUACCAUAACAACACGGUGAACACGAUGAGACUGUGGUCGGCUAAAGCUCCCAACGACUUCAAACUGCACAACUUUAAUGUUGGAGAUUAUAUUGAAGCUGUUCUGGACAGAAACUUGGCUGAGAACAUCUCCAGAGUCCUUUACCCCAACGACAACUUCUUUGAGGGGAAGGAGCUGCGUUUGAAGCAGGAGUACUUUGUGGUCGCUGCCACGCUGCAGGACAUCAUCCGCAGGUUCAAGUCCUCCAAGUUCGGCUGCAGAGACCCCGUGAGGACGUCCUUCGACACCUUUCCUGAAAAGGUAGCGAUCCAGCUGAACGACACCCACCCGGCUCUCGCCAUCCCUGAGCUGAUUAGGAUCCUGGUGGACAUAGAGAAACUGGACUGGGACAAGGCGUGGGACAUCACCUAUCGUACCUGUGCGUACACGAACCACACGGUGUUACCUGAGGCACUGGAGCGCUGGCCGGUCUUCAUGUUCGAACAGCUGCUGCCGCGACACCUGCUCAUCAUCUACGACAUCAACCACAGACACCUGGAGAGGGUGGCGGCCAUGUUUCCCGGGGACACAGAUCGUCUCCGUCGGAUGUCUCUGAUCGAGGAAGGAGACCCCAAGAGGAUCAACAUGGCUCACCUGUGUGUGGUCGGGUCGCACGCCGUCAACGGGGUCGCUCAGAUUCACUCUGACAUCGUCAGGAACACUGUGUUUAAAGACUUUUACGAAGUGGAACCAGAGAAGUUUCAGAAUAAGACGAACGGCAUCACUCCUCGCCGCUGGCUGUUGCUGUGUAACUCCGGCCUCGCUGACAUCAUCGCUGAGAGGAUCGGAGAAGACUUCCUGUCUGAUCUUCAUCAGGUGAAAAAAAUCCUCCAAUUUGUGGAUGACGAAGCCUUUAUCAGAGACGUGGCCAAAGUCAAACAGGAGAGUAAACUGAAGUUUGCAUCCUUCCUGUACAAACAGCAGCAGGUGAAGGUGAAUCCAGACUCCAUCUUUGACGUCCAGGUGAAAAGGAUCCACGAGUACAAGAGACAACUGCUCAACUGUCUGCACGCGGUCACUCUCUACAACCGAAUCAAGCUGCACCCCAACAGAGAGUUUGUCCCUCGGACAGUGAUUAUUGGAGGAAAGGCGGCUCCUGGUUACCACAUGGCCAAACUGAUCAUCAAACUGAUCACCGCCAUCGGUCAGGUGAUCAAUAACGACCCUGCUGCGGGAGACAGGCUGAAGGUCAUCUACCUGGAGAACUACAGAGUGUCUCUGGCUGAGAGAGUGAUCCCGGCUGCAGAUGUGUCGGAGCAGAUCUCCACAGCAGGAACUGAAGCUUCAGGAACAGGAAACAUGAAGUUCAUGUUGAACGGCGCUCUGACAGUGGGAACGAUGGACGGAGCCACGGUGGAGAUGGCGGAGGAGGCCGGGGAGGAGAACCUGUUCAUCUUCGGCAUGAGGGUGAAGGAUGUGGAGGAGAUGGACAGGAAGGGGUACAAUGCCAGAGAGUUCUACGAGCGUCUGCCGGAGCUCAAACUGGCCGUGGAUCAGAUCCAGAGCGGCUUCUUCAGUCCCAAUGAACCUCAGCUGUUUACAGAGGUGGUCGACAUGCUGAUAAACCACGACAGGUUCAAAGUGUUUGCCGAUUACGAAGACUACGUCCGGUGUCAGGAGAGAGUCAGCGAGCUGUACAAGAACCCCAAAGAGUGGACCAGGAUGGUGAUCCGGAACAUCGCCGCCUCCGGCAAGUUCUCCAGCGAUCGGACCAUCUCUCAGUACGCCCGUGAGAUCUGGGGAGUCGAACCAUCCGACGUGAAGAUCCCUGCGCCCAACAAACCGCUCGAGAUGCGUGAGUGAGGAGCGGGAUCCGGAUGAAACCUAAACAUCUAAUCACAAUCAGGAAGGAUCGAUUCACCCCGAAACAUUGAUUUCCAUUUUCUUUCUUUAGUUUACCACCCUCAUCUCAGUCACACCACUUAGCGUAGCCAGCAGCUACAUAUUGCUACAUGCAGCUAACGGUUAAAAUUUAACUCCAAAAAACAUUUUAUACAUCCACACCAGUAUUUAGCACACGUCCUCGUUCAUUAGUUUCUCUUUUCUACGGUCAUCAGAAAAAACCCUGACUCAGUAGACGUCAAUGGAAUUUAAUGGAAGUGAGGGAGUGGGUCAUUGGUUUUUGACCCUCCAUUGACUUGUAUAGAAACGUGAAGUAUUCACAGCUUGAGGUCAAUAUCUAUUCCACUGAUGCAGAAAUACUUAAGGCCACAAAAAAAGUUUGCCGUUGACUUUCAGAUAACCUGUAACAUUACUACAUGGGUGGAGGUCUAAACAUUAACGAUUUGUACUUUAUACUGAUAUAAGUUGUCGAAUUGUAAAGUAGUCAGACACAAAAACAACCACAUUAAGUUUUACAGGCGUUUUGUUGCCAUAUCAUUUGUUUCUUUUUUUUGACUGCUCCAUUGACUUACCUUCAGCAGUAAACUCUGCUCCAUUUAUUUACACUUAAAGUACAAACAAACAAACAAACAAACAAAAUCUUUCAGUGCCUCACAGCUAACUGUUCUCCUUUCAGUGACUUCAAACAAAUGAUCACGCUGAUUUAAAAUAUUGUAGAGGCACAACAAAGCAGAAUCUGACCCAUUGGAUUAAAGUUUAAUUAUUAUUAACUCUAACGUUACAUCCUAAAUUUAGUGGGAGUCAAUAGAAUUUAAGGAGGUACUUCUUUGGUUUUUGAUUUUCUAUUGUCUUUGAAUAGAACUUAGUCUUUUCUAAAUAUUUUCAGCUGGAGGUCAAUAUCUGUUCCACUGCUGCCAAACUAAAAACAUUUUGUUAACUUUAAGUUAAGCUGUGAAGUUACUAUCCUCAAAUUUACUCCAAUGCCUUACAGUAGAGUAAAGUUUGCCUUUAAAGCCUACAGUAGAAUCUGACCCAUUGACUUUCAGUAGCAUCCUCCAUGUCUACAGUUUUACUUGCCGAAACUUAAAAUGCAGCAGACCUUUGUCAUUUUGUUCCAUUGACAUCAGUUACAACUGGUAAUUGCUCCACUGACAUACACUGGAACUUUGUGUGUACUUCUAGAGAACAAUGUAUUCCAUUAACCUGCACUGUUUUUGUACCCUGAAUGGAAACUAAAGAUUUUUGAUUUCUUUGACUUUGUGGAACUAAAAAUGUGUCCCUUUGACUUCCUGUACGUUUACCGUUCACUUCACUUGUCUGACUGUCAGAUGAAUGGGACAAUGGGUUUUCUGUUUUCGGGUCAUUUUGUUUUCCAUGAACUCCAUUAAAAAAAAAAUAAAAAAUUCUGCACUUUUAAGUUUUAUUUGUAGCACUGAUGGCGUUCAUGCUGCCUUCAGGUCAUGUGGGAUUAAACAGUGAUUGGGAAAACUUCACAUUAAUGACUUGGAACCAUUGACUUCACACUCAGUCAUGUGAGAGUUAAAAAAUACUGUGUUGUUACUGAUGUCCAUUAAAUUUGGGUUUACUUUUCGUAAUUGUUUUUUACUUAGCAAAUGCAAAUUUUGGGGAGAAAAAAUUAAAAGCGGUACGUCCAACAUGACGUGAGCAUGACACAGAGGCCUCAGCGUUGUACUCCAGGUGUCUUGUGGGUAAUGGAGUCCAUUCAGAAUCCCUGUUUACUUACCAUGAAUGACAUUGUGAUUCACGUACUGUAUCUGUUGCUGAAAUAAACUGUUGUUGCACUCAGAA